CAACCGUUGACCAGUGUUCCAAUAGAGGGGAGGUAAAAGAGAACCUUACAGAGCUGACUGGGAUGGCAAGCAGCUCGGCAGUGGUGCAGGAAACGACAUCGACAUUCACACCCUCCAUGAACCAAAUUCUGGUGGGCAGCUCUAGUGACCUCAAUAAAACCACCUCAACCAUGUCGUCGUCUGCCCUGACAUCAGUGUCUUCGCUAUCCUCUGUCAAGGUGUCCACCGCGGUCAAGUCCUCCACCAAGCACACGCUGGAAUCCCAGGGCCGGUCAAACUCAGAGAGUGCCACGAUGUCGCCCAAACGAAGGGACAGCGCAAUAGAGUCAUUGAUACGUGAGAGUGCAAUGCCCAUACUGCUGGUCACUGGCACAAAGUAUUCAAACAAAAACUCCUGUGAAGCCUCGGACCCUGCACAUGCAUCCAGCCCAUCCCCCAACAGUCAGAGCGACAGUUGUAUCGAUGGCGUUGGAUACCCGGUCGCCAAACGUUCUAGUCGGCUCAGUUCCGGGAAAUCCAGAUUCCUGCGCCGGCAGAGGUCGCUCGCAGAUGACACUGCUUUCCCUUCAGCGGAUCAGGACUCGGUGUUUGACAACUCUAAAGUAUCGACCGAGCUCUCUCUCCAGAAAGCAGCUGAUCACAGUGGUGAUAACAUCGACCCAGGAGGGAGAAGAAACCUGGAACUGGUGAAAAGAAAAUCUUUCCAGGAGUUGUCAACCAUUGAGCAGCAUGUGAGCAAAGAUGGUGAUGCAGGAGUUGUAGUAUCAGGGAACAGAGAUUUUGAUGGAAGACUUGGGGGUGGCAAAGAUGAGGCAUUGGAAUCAGUUCUGGAUAAAACCAAGGAUAACCUCAAACCCAAGUUGAACUCAUGCGUGUUUUGCUCAGAGAACUUCGAUUCUGUGGAAGCUUACAACGGCCACCUGAAAUCUCGAAAACACAUUGGAGUCUUGGAGUCGCUGGGUAUGCUCCCCGCUGGUACUUAUGAAAAACUACAGCAGAGCGAGCUGCAUGACAGCCGAGCUGAAGAAGAGGAAGAACAGAAGGUGGAGCUUAAAAUGGAUCUUGAUGAUGGCAAUAAUGGAUUUGACGGAUCUGGCAGCGGAGGGGGCAUUGUGACUAUGGAAGCUGUUGUCAAUGUUGGGGACGACCCCAGUGGAUCCAGAUUGGAAGGUCAAAGCUUGGAACCUGAGCAAGUUGUCUGUGACAUCAGAAAAGGUGAAGAGAGGGUAGGCCGUGACAUGCCGAGGGAGAACUUUGUGGAUAAAGGAGACAUCACCCAGGGGCAUCUGGUUACUGUUCCUAGAAAUGAAUUUGGAACAUUGAGGAGGGCUGUCAGUCUUCAGGAAGACACAAUGGGUUUUACAGGUGAAUAUUCCCAGAGAAAAAACUCUUUAAUUUGGUUGGACUUUAUGCAAAUAUUCUUUAAUAUGAGAGGAUUGCUAAUUGUAUGGUAGAUUAUAAAAAGGAAUUUUCAUUGAAACUUGAAAGCUUAACUAUAUAAGUAAGUUAAAAUGAUGGCUUCACGAGUUAGAGCAGCGGUUCUCAACCUGUGGAUCGCGACCCCUUGAACGACCCUUUCACAGGGGUCGCCUGAGACCAUCGGAAAAAGUUAUGAAGUAUCAACGAAAAUAAUUUUGGGGCUGGGGGUCUCACAACAUGAAAAACUGUAUUAAAGGGUCGUGGCAUUAGGAAGGUUGAGAACCAUUGAGUUAGAGGUAAAUAAAAGCUACUUUUGAUGCUGUUUUUAUUUGACAUAAUAAGACUGCUGGUUGGACCAUGAGAAGUUGAGGUUUUGUGUUUACAAUCUAUAACUUGCUUGUAUAUUGCUUGCAGUGUGUACUUGUAUGGUGAUUGCACACAAAAAUGUGUGAGAAUAGUUUGUAUGUUGAUUACAUUGUGAUAAUAGUUUAUGUGUUGAUUAUAAUGAGAUUAGCUCAUAUGCUGAUAAUUCUGUGAGAAUAAUGUAUAUAUUGAUUACAACACCUACAGAUGAUCAGCUGGUUUAAUUCUAAGAGCAUCAGUUUAACAAUGUCUUUCUUUUCAUUUGCCAGGAAAUUCUUCCACACCUGGCCAGGCCAAGCUGCACAGACCUGCAUACAAGCGUAAAAUCUCACAGCAGUCCCCUGUGACAGAGAGCGCAACGGUGCUGACCAAACCCCACCUCAAUGAAAG